GGCUGCCCCACAAAAUGCCUGCUUCUCUGCAGCAUCCCACUGUUCUUCACAUGCUCUCUAAUAUCACCUUUUCAUAUCCACUUUCUCCUCCAUGUUGAAAAAAAUAAAUUGACAGACUAGAUCCUGCAAAGAUCUUUGGACAUUUAAAUAUCUUGGACCGGCGCGGAAAGAGGCGGCCUGACCUUGGAAGUGGGACGGGGUCCUGCAGUGGGUCCUUCCGGGGGGGUGACAUUCAGCUGGCCGUUCGGGGCGACGGACUUUCCAUCCCAGAACCAUGGCCCAAUUUAUCCGUAACCUUGUGGAGAAGACCCCGGCGCUGGUGAACGCUGCUGUGACUUAUUCGAAGCCUCAGUUGGCCACAUUUUGGUACUACGCCAAGGUUGAGCUGAUUCCUCCCACCCCUGCUGAGAUCCCUAGAGCUAUUCAGAGCCUGAAAGAAAUAGUCAAUAGUGCUCAGACUGGUAGCUUCAAACAACUCACAGUUAAGGAAGCUGUGCUGAAUGGUUUGGUGGCCACUGAGGUGUUGAUGUGGUUUUAUGUCGGAGAGAUCAUAGGCAAGCGUGGCAUCAUUGGCUAUGAUGUUUGAAGACCAAUCUUUAACAUCUGGUUAUAUUUGAUUUAUUAUUUGAGUGUUGUUGGACCACGUGUGAUCAGACUGCUAUCUGAAUAAAAUAAGAUGUGUUAAAAAUCA